UAGACCCGACGCUCAUACGACGAGAAGAUGCCCUAAACAGCGGAGAAACCCCCACUGCCUUUUUUGUCUCAGCGCCAGACUGACCCGAUCUGCCAUUGACGUUGGAGCCGGCGAGGCACUUUCCGGCAGGAGGACUAGCCGGGGAGUUUACGGUCUCCCUCCCUCUCUCUCCAUUUAUGGUUCCCUGGGUAAUUAGUUCAUUUUACUACUUGCCUUUCGUCUUGGAUCUAUCAAGAAAUUAAGGUUCAGUUGAGGAAUGGACAAGUUUUUGAUGAAAAGGUUUGUCUUUGAUAAAUAUUCUGCAAAUCAAGAAGAAAAUGCAUCAUGCAAAGAAGGAGAAUCAAGUGAGGUUCCAAUUAAUAUUGAAGUUGAUCUAGCAAACUUGCCUACAGAUCCUGCACUUCGUCUUCCUAUAUACAAUUAUCAUCCCAAUAUUCAAGAUAGUGUUCGCAAAGCAUAUCUUUUGCAAGAUCUUUAUCAACCUCGUAAUUGUGUAUUCCAACGAAACCAUCAAAAGCGGAAGUUUAAUCCAGCUUGGUUUGAUGAGUAUAAGGACUGGUUGGAGUAUAGUCCAACUAAACACAAAGCAUAUUGUCGAUAUUGUUACCUCUUCAAGCCAAAGCAUACAAAUAAGUUCAAUACAGAGGCAUUUGUAUCUAAAGGAUUCGAUAACUGGAAAGAGAAAAAGAGGCUUGAUAAGCAUGUUGGAGGCCCUAACAGUUUUCAUAAUUUAGCACGAAUCAAGUGUGAAGCAUUGAAGCAACAAAUGCAACAUCUUGUGACUAUAUUUAAUAAGCAAAAUGAUGAAUACAAGAUUCAUCUUUGGGCAAUUAUUGCAAUGAGAUAUUUGUUGAGGCAAGGAUUGGCAUUGUCUGCACAUGAUGAAGAAUCUCUUAGUGAAGGCAUUUUCAUUGAUUUGUUGAAGCUUUUUGCAAAGUUUAGCAAUGAAAUAAAUGAUGGUGUACUGAAAAAUGCUUUAGAAAAUAACAAGUUGAUAUAUCCUGAUAUACAUAAGGAUAUUAUCAAAGCUGUUGCUAUGGAAACAAGAAAUGCUAUUGUAGAUGAGCUUGGGGAUACAUUUUUCUCUAUAUUACUUGAUUCUCGGGAUGCAUCAACUGAAGAACAGAUGGCUAUUGUUUUACGAUUUGUUAAUGAAGAAGGCCAAGUAGUGGAACGAUUUCUUGCCCUUAUAUGUGUUCUUGAGACAAAUGCUGUAUCACUCAAAGCAUCAAUCGAAGAUGCAUUCUCUAAGCAUGGAUUAAGCAUAUCAAAUUUGCGCGGACAAGGUUACAAUGAAACAAGUAGUAUGAGGGGAGCCUUUAAUGGAUUGAAGACCCUUAUAUUAAAUGAAAAUGAGUCUGCAUUUUAUAUUAAUUGUUUUGCACAUCAACUCCAAUUGGCAUUAGUUGCGGCCUUUAGAACCCAUUGGCUACUUGAUAUGUUUUUCAGCACAUUAGAAGAGUUGUCUAACUUUUUUACUACUUUGUGUGGCAGACUUGAGCUGGUUCAAGAAGUGGAAUUGAUGGAAAUUGCUAAAGCACUUGAAUUAGGUGAACUUAAAAUAGGACAAGGAUUAAAUGAAGAGAUAAGUUUCAAACAACCUGGUUAUACUCAGGGUUCUCAUUAUGUUGCUUUGAUCAAUUUACUCAACAUGUAUUCUUCUGUGAUCAAGGUAUUAGAGUACUUUGCAGAUAAUACAAUUUCAGGAAAAAGGAUAAAUGCAGUUCUGUUGUUACAGAGGUUGCAAGGUUUUGAAUUUGUGUUUUGCUUACAUUUGAUGUUUAGAGUCUUGGGGCUAACUAAUGAGCUUUCAGAAGCACUGCAUGAAAAUGAUCAAAAAGUUGUUCAUGUAAUGAGUUUGGUUGCUGCAUCAAAACAGGGCCUUCAAAAUAUGAGAGACAAUGGUUGGGACUCUCUUGUGAAUGAAAUAUCCAUAUUUUGCAAGAAAUUUGAUAUUCUAAUUCCUGAUCUAGAGGACUUGUGCACAGUUAAAGGACAACCAAGACGUGUGGCUGACAGAAUUACAUGUUUGCGUCGUUAUUGCGAUGAAGUAUUUUACACUAUCAUUGAUUUGCAACUUCAGGAAUUGAAUGCUCAUCUCACUGAAUCAAAUGUGGAGUUCCUCAUUUCUGUGGCAUGUUUAAGUCCCAAGCAUUCUUUUUCUACUUUUGAUAAAGAUAAGUUGGUUCAUCUUGCUCAUCUUUAUCCUAAGGACUUUUGUGGAGCUGACUUGGAUAAACUUGAAAAGCAGUUGGAUGAAUAUAUUAUAGAAAUGAAGAAUAAUGUGAAGUUUUCAAGUUUAAAUUCUUUGGCAGAACUUGCAGAAAUGAUGGUAGCAACUCAAAAGCAUGAAGAAUUUCCUUUAGUUUAUUUGUUGAUCAGAUUGACACUAACUUUACCAGUUGCAACAACAAGUGUUGUAAAGGCAUUUUCAGUCAUGUGCAACAUCAAUACUCGGCUAGAUAAUGAGAUAGGAGAUGAAUUGAUCAGCGAUGCUUUGGUUACUUAUGUUGAGAAGGAUAUAUGUGACGCCAUCAGCAAUGAAGCUAUCAUGAAUUAUUUUCAGAAUAUGAAAAGCAGGCGAUGCCAAUUGCACUGCUAAACUGUCGGAAGACUCGGAACAACAAGAAACUUCUUGGACGCAUUCAUGCUUUUGACGGACACUGCAAUAUUGUUCUGGGGAAUGUUACCGAGAUGUGGUUAAAGGAUUGUGUGACCAGACAGGUUGGAAGCUUGGAACAUUCUACCUAUUCCUUUACCUCUAAUAUGCUUCAGUUGUGCAGAUGCCAAAGACUGGUAAAGUCAAUAAGAAGAACUAGCCUGUAAAUAGGGAUAGAUUUAUCAGCGAGUUGUUCCUGCAUGGAGAUUCUGUAAUCCUUGUCAUCGGAAAUCGAUGUGGAUCUUGCAGAACUGUUUCAUCUUACAAAUGCUGGUGCUUCUCCUUUUCAGUGUGUAAAUGAUUUUUUGGAUGUAUGCCUUCGUGCACAUGCGAUGAUAAACUAAUGCCAAGCAUUCAUGUGGUUCCUCUGCUCUCUGUUUUUCAGUUGUUUUGUAAAUGGUACUUGAAUUAUGACAAACAAUUGGCUGCAAUCGAUCCCUGCCAUGCUUCAUUGCAGUCUUAGAUGGGAAGUGUAACAAAAGACUGAAGGAAAACUUGUAUUUUGCUAGAGGUUAA